UUACGUCCGCCACAGCCAACAACCACGCUUUGCAACUUGGCCGAAAUUCAAACCCAAAACUGGAAACAAGGCACCAAAAAAAAAAAAAAAAAAGGCAGUAGCAUAGAAACGUGGAGGGUAGGUGAGGGUGGGCUUGGUGGUCAUACUGUUACUUUCUUGGAUAUAAAUAUAAAUAGCCACUCCCAGGCCCCAACCACCCACCCCGCGCUGCCUUAGUAUUGCACCCACCUGGUUUUCUCUCUUCGCCUGCCCCUGUCUUUCCAAUGGCGUCUUCCCUCUCUUCCAAGCCUUUCCUUACUUCUCCCUCAACUGAUGGAGCCUCCGGUUUUGGAUCCCUUCGCAAGCUCUCUUUUCCCUCCGUCCGCUACGCGAUCCGUCCGACGCAUCGUCGUACUCUCGAAAUACAGGCAGCUGGGAGUACAUAUGGAACAUAUUUCCGUGUUACGACAUAUGGAGAAUCUCAUGGAGGUGGUGUUGGUUGCAUAAUUGAUGGAUGUCCUCCUCGCCUUCCCCUCACAGAGGCUGAUAUGCAAAUAGAUCUUGAUAGAAGGAGGCCAGGUCAGAGCCGAAUUACUACACCAAGGAAAGAGACUGAUACUUGCCGAAUAUAUUCUGGAGUUGCUGAAGGAAUGACUACUGGAUCACCAAUAAUGGUAAAUGUACCUAAUACUGAUCAGAGAGGAAAUGAUUAUACAGAAAUGUCCAAAGCGUAUAGGCCUUCACAUGCAGAUGCUACUUAUGACUUCAAGUAUGGUGUGAGGUCGGUGCAGGGUGGUGGUAGAUCUUCAGCGAGAGAAACCAUUGGGAGAGUUGCAGCUGGAGCUGUUGCUAAAAAAAUACUCAAAAAUUUUUCUGGAACUGAGGUUCUUGCUUAUGUCUCUCAAGUGCACAAGGUUGUACUUCCUGAGGAUUUGGUUGACCACGAAACUCUGGCACUCGAUCAGAUAGAGAGUAAUAUUGUGAGGUGCCCAGAUCCUGAAUAUGCAGAGAAGAUGAUUGCUGCAAUUGAUGCCGUUCGUGUGAGGGGAGAUUCUGUUGGAGGUGUUGUAACUUGCAUUGUGAGGAAUAUCCCACGUGGCCUUGGAUCACCAGUCUUUGAUAAACUUGAAGCUGAGUUGGCUAAAGCUGCUUUGUCAUUACCUGCAACAAAGGGCUUUGAAUUUGGCAGUGGUUUUGCAGGUACAUUUAUGACUGGGAGUGAACAUAAUGAUGAGUUCUUCACGGAUGCACAUGGACGAAUCAGGACAAGAACUAAUCGCUCUGGUGGGAUACAGGGCGGAAUAUCAAACGGGGAAAUCAUAAACAUAAGAAUAGGUUUCAAGCCAACAUCUACAAUUGGAAAGAAACAGCACACUGUUACUAGAGAUAAACAAGAGACAGAGCUAAUAGCUCGUGGCCGCCAUGAUCCAUGUGUUGUUCCACGAGCGGUACCAAUGGUGGAAGCUGCAGUAGCCCUGGUGCUUGUGGAUCAGUUGAUGGCACAGUAUGCACAAUGUGAGCUGUUUCCCAUCAAUCCAGCUUUACAAGAACCCUUGGAGUUCCGGGAUCCUGAGCUGGCUGGCACUCACAUUUAAAAGGUACAAGCAGUUUGUAGCAUGUUCUCCAUCAUACCCUGCCAAUCUUCUGGACUUCAUAUCAAUGCUAAAUUCUAGUGUUAUGAGAAGUUUUUGUACUUGUAAGAGUGAGAUUUGAAAUUUCAAUUUAUUUUCCUUUUCUUGUUAUAAUCUCUCAAAAGCUAGAGAUCAUAUUUCAAAUGUUGUAUUGCUCAAUGUACAAGCAAGUGACUAGUUUGGCCAUGGAAGGUUCCUUGGUUAUCAAAAAAUAAAAAUAAAAUUGUACAAGUGACUAUAUAAAACGAUAAAUUUCUCAA